AUUUUCUGAGUGUUAUUAAGUUUCUUAGAUUCCUUAGUCUUGUUACGUUUUCAUGGUGAAAUAAGUUUCCUUAGGUUCCUCAGUUUUCUUAUAUUUCUUACCCGAGUUGUCCGUUCUCCGUGGCGGUACUCUACGGUUUCGCUGACUACCUGAACGUCCCGCUACUCGGAAUCCCGGCGGCGGGUUUCUGGUCCGUCCAGAUGGACGCCGUCAUCGACGACUUCGGGCUCCUGGUGCUGGCGGCCUACGGCCUCAGCGACCUGACGGCAUUCCUAGCCGGGUUCCUCGAGCAGCAGGGCUACCAGCACGCCAGCAUCUUCCGUGACGACUCGUAUCCGUACUUUGUCACCAUGACCGAGGUCUUCCUGAAAUUUAUCCGCACCCGUAAUCCGGUUUUGUAUCGGAAUGUGUAUACCCUGGCAGUCAGCAGUAAGACAGCGACCGGGAGCCAGCUGCGGGAUCUGCUCUGGUCGGCCAAUAACCGAUCCCGCGUUAUGAUCAUCUUUGGCCAUGCUGAUUGCGUUCGAAAGCUGUUAGUCGCCGCCCACGCAAUGAAUAUGACUAAGGGCAAGCAUAUGUAUUUGGCCGUCGAGCUAUAUGCUCUGGAUUUCUGGGGUACCAUCAGUGCGACAACCGGAGACCAGUGGGAUCCGGUGGCGACCCAAGCAUACCAGAGUCUCCUCGUGGCAAGCGUCUUCGAAACCGCGGUCCCGUUCUACCAAGAACAGUUCGACCGGGAUAUGAAGUUUCUAGCGCAGAGCAAGUAUAAUUUUACCUUUGCGCCCACCGAAAAGGCGGAUAUCAUCCUCACCGCGUUCUACGAAGCCAUCAUCAUGUACGCGGACAUCGUCGACCGUCUAUGGCGAUGGAAUCAGAAUUACACCGACGGUGUUUUGAUCAACAGUCAGAUCGUUAAUGCCUCGUUCCGCCGUCCGCUGCAGAAAGACGAUAUCGUGUUCCGUAUUGGACCGGAUCGACAACGCAAUCGUGAUUACUGUAUGAAAUUUUACAAUUCGGAAACCGAUCAGUUCCAGAUAUUUCUCACCCAUCAACCGCAACUUAACCAAACAUUCCAGUACAUCCACGAAUUGCCCUGGCCGAGCGCCGACGGCCACCUCCCGCCCGACGAACCGUGGUGCGGAUUCCGUGGCGACAAGUGUCGUGGCUUAUCCCCGCCUGCUUUAGCGGGUGUGGCUGUCGGUGUGAUAUUCGUUGUGACGAUCGUCGUAGCGGGAAGUGUCGUCUACUACGUUGAAGUCUGGAAACAGCGAACGAAAUACGAUCCCAACUGGUGGAAGAUCUCGGUGGAAGACCUGCAAGUGACCAACACCCGCACCGACAGCGGAUCCAAACGCACCAUGGUUAGCAAAAGCACCGGGCACCAAAGCGGAGCGUCUUCCAACGGCGUGGAACUCUUCGGGAAAUAUGGCGGGGAAAAAGUCGGGCUGGUUGAUGUGUCGGCACGACAGCAGACGGCGACCCAACAACUGAUCGACGACCUCAACACGGUUCGCUCAAUCAAACACACCAAUUUACAACGGAUCAUCGGCGUCGCGUUGGAUGUCAAGAAUAUGUGUAUUUAUGUUGUGGGCGAACUGUGCGCCAAGGGAUGUUUAACGGAUAUUCUGGAGAACGAGAUCAUCCAGCUGGAUUGGUUCUUUAAGAACUCAUUAAUCCGCGAUAUCGUGCACGGAAUGGCGCAUUUACACUCGACACCGGUGGUUUCUCAUGGUUCUUUAACAUCCAAUUCCUGCUUAAUCGACGCGCGGUUUACACUGAAAAUCGGCGAUUACGGCCUCACUGUCUUCCGCGACCCCGCUGACCUUUCACCACCGAAACCGGCGGACGACAAACGAGAGUGGGGUAGCUUGUUGUGGAGAGCGCCAGAGCUGCUGCGGCAGACGAUGCCGGUAAAAGGCACGCAGAAAGGCGACGUGUACAGCUUCGCCAUUCUACUGCAGCAGAUUAUUCUACGCAGUUCUCCGUUCGAGCUACCCGAUGAUCCGCUGGAGUUAUCCGAUAAAGAAAUUGUCCUCGAGGUUAUAGCGGCCAACAUUCCCCCGGUUCGUCCGCGUGUACCGCGCUCGGCCUGCUCCAGUGACCUUUACGAGCUAAUGGAGGCGGCAUGGCAGGAGUCGCCAGUCGACCGGCCGACCUUUGCCAAGAUUAAAGACCGGCUGGCUAAAUUCAUGGGACGUGUCGGCGAACAUCUGGUGGAUCUGUUGCUGCAGCGGAUGGAACAGUACGCUGUCGAUCUGGAAGCGAAAAUCGUCGAACAAACCCGGCAUUUCCUGGAGGAGAAGGCACGCUCCGAGCAACUGCUCAGCCAACUCUUGCCAAAAUCGGUGGCGUCCGCGCUGACGAAAGGUCUGGCCAUCCCGCCGGAAUCCUUCGACAGCGCCACGGUCUUCUUCAGCGACGUGGUGGGCUUCACGCGCAUCGCCAGCCAGCUGCGGCCCAUCAGCGUGGUGGACCUGCUCAACGGCCUGUACACCCUGUGCGACCGCACCCUCGAGCAGUACGACGUGUACAAGGUGGAGACCACCGGCGACAACUACAUGGUGGCAUCCGGGCUACCCAUCCGCAACGGGACCAAACACGUCGUGGAGAUUGCCGUGAUGGCGCUGCGGUUACUCAAGGAAAUUAGCCAUUUCGAGAUUCCCGAACGGAGUAAUGAGCGUCUGCAGCUGCGCACCGGAAUUAAUUCCGGAUCGGUUGUUGCCGGUAUCGUUGGAAGUAAAAUGCCACGAUAUUGCUUAUUCGGUGACACCGUGAAUGUAGCAUCCCGCAUGGAAUCAACGGGAGAGCCUAUGAAAAUUCAAGCUACCGCUACAACACGCGAUCUCCUGGAUAGCCUGGGUGGAUUUCUUCUGUUAGAACGCGGCCCGAUAUUCGUCAAGGGAAAAGGGAAGAUGAUAACGUACUGGCUAAUUGGAGAAGCGGAUUCCUGACCGCAACGGCAGUUAAAUAAUAACAAUAAUAAUAAACCCGAAAUUCUUCCAGUUUUGCUCAUUUAAUCGAUACAUGCCGGCGCGCUGUGGUUUGCACACGCAGUAUCGAAUAACAAACCGCAUGACACAACAUAAUUGCCGGCACUGCGAUUCUGUUACCGGCGAGAAUAUAGCUUACUCGGCAAUAAUAUUACUAUUAGCUGGUCAUAGCCGCGUACCUCGAUAUGCGCAGUCUUGCACUGAUAAAAUACAAACAAAACACCGGUAAUCACAACUAAUAAUAUUUAUCGAUUAAUGCAAGGUAAGGAAAGCGGUGA